AUGAACUGUCUACGACGCGCUAAUAUUCUCACUCUCGCUCGGCAACGAACGUCCUGUUACCCAACAUCUCGUCUUUUUCACUCUAGCCCACGCUGGAGCAGCCUGAGUGAUCAUGACAGAGGCAGGGGACUGACCAACAUCCUCGCCGACGACAAUCCACCACCUGUCCAGGUCAAGAGGAUAACCAAUCAAGGCAUUCAGCUGGUCGACGGACUAGUCCUACCUUCUGCAUGCAUUUUUCUGGAAGGACAGGUGUUUCUAUGGGAUGUACCUCAGACGUUGUGGGAAGGGUGGGGGAAGGAGCACCUAGAGAUUUUUGAUCUUGUUUCGCCCAAACCUGAAAUAUUACUUCUUGGUACGGGUCCACGAUUAGUACAACCACCACCAUUUAUUCGGACAUAUAUGAGCCAACUGGGCGUUCAAGUGGAUACGAUGGACACCAAAAACGCAUGUUCGACGUAUAAUGUAUUGGCGGAGGAAGGCCGACGCGUAGCCGCUGCCUUGCUUCCUCUUUCACCCCACGUGUGGCAAAAGUCGUUUGUACCAUCAAAAUAA